AUGGCAAAAAGAAGGAAAAAGAGAACACAUAUCCGCCCUGAAGAAACCGCUAGUAGUAUUAAUCCUAAUGCACCCAAGAUACCCAAAUGUUUUGUAUUUAAAGCAGGGAAAGUUUGUAGACCUGUUGGAACAUUAGUAAAAGAUAUGCGUAAAGUAAUGGAACCAAAUACUGCUAUUAGAUUAAAGGAACGUAAAAACAACAAAAUAAAAGAUUUUGUAAAUGUGUCAGGUCAUUUGGGAGUAACACAAUUUCUGAUCUUUACGCAAACAGAAAAUGGUACUAAUUUUAGGUUGGCAAGAGUGCCAAGAGGACCUACAUUAUGUUUCAAAGUUCACAAGUAUUCCUUAAUAAAAGAUGUUUUCUCGUCACAGAUCAAUCCUAAAGCUUAUGGAUUAGAAUACAAUUCUUCACCAUUGCUUGUAUUAAAUAAUUUUAAUGAAGAAAAUAGACACAUGAAAUUAAUGAUAACCAUGCUUCAAAAUAUGUUUCCCUCAAUUAAUAUCAACAAGAUACAAUUAUCAGAUGCACGCAGAGUGGUAUUGUUUAGUUAUAAUUCAGAAACAAAAAAUAUUGAUUUUCGACAUUAUUUAAUUGGAUUGAAGCCAGUUGGUAUUAGUAAAGGUAUUCGUAAAGUCAUGACAACAUCAAAUCUUCCUGAUUUGCACAAGUAUAAUGAUAUAAGCGACUUUAUAUUAAAGAAUGAUGGGCGUAUAUCAGAGAGUGAGAAGGAAGAGAGUGGAGUGGAGGAGAGUUCAGUGACACUAGCACAAGAUUAUAUUGGUAGGAAUAAUAAAAAAGCUGAUAGAAGAGCAAUUAAAUUGACAGAGAUUGGACCUAGGAUGGAAUUACAACUAAUUAAAAUACAAAAUGGAUUAUGUGAUGGAGAAAUUUUGUUUCAUGAAUUUUUGCAUAAAACUCCACAAGAAAUCAAAAUGAUGGAGAAAGAAAGAGAAAGGCGUAAACAAUUAAAAGCUACAAGAAGAAAAGAACAAGAAAAAAAUGUUGAAAGAAAUAAAUUAGAAAAGGAAGCCCAUAGAUUAGCAACAAGUGGAUCAGCAGCUAAAGGAAAACAAAAAGAAACAUCAAAGGAUAAAAAUAAUUAUGAAGUAGUACCAAAAGAAUAUAGUGGUAAUUAUCAAGAUGGAAGAACCACACCACUGUUAAGUAAUGCAUCAGGAAGAACUACGCCACUGUUAAGUAAUGUAUCAGGGAGAACCACGCCAGUUAAUGGCAGGGAUACUCCUAGUUAUCUAAAAAGGCCUUCAACUCCUUCUUCUUCACUAACAUUAAAUUCACAAAAAGAAAAAGAAAAAGAAAUCGAAACCUUAGAAGAUCAAUUGAUCCAGCUAAAAAAAUCCUAUGUUGAAUUAACACAAAAAUAUGCAAAAACUUCUGCUGAACUUGCUCAACAUCAAGAUAAUUCUGAUGGUAUAAUAUCUGGCGAUAUCAAGAGUAAUGUCAAGAAACCCAAUAUUGACAAGAAUGGUUUGGCAACUAUUGAAGAAGAAAAAUUAAUAAAAAAUAUUUCUGCAAGUUUUCAAGAAGCCGUUGAGCCAGUAAUCGAAGAAUAUGAAAAAUCAAUCUCACAACUAGAAAGCCAACUGGCAUUAAACAAGGCUGCAUUAUCACAUUCUGAAACAUUGAUGCAAGAAAAUGAAUACAAAUUAUUCCAAACCGAACAAGCUGAUCAACAAAAUCGCGCUCAAAUUAUUGAAUUGAAAAAUAAACUUGCAAGGUUGAAUGAGCGUGAAUCAUCUACCGAAAAUUACGUUAAAGAUCUGGAGGGGAAAUUAGAAUCUUGUUCUCAACAACAAAAACUUGAUCAAGAAAUGAUUCAGGACUUGAAAUCUAAAAUUGCAAAGUUAAAGGAUAUUAUAUCAAAUAGCGAAAUGUAUAUCGCAGAACUGGAAGACAGAUUGGCAAGCAGUGAGGAUCAUGUUUCUAAAUUAACUGAAAAUAUUGGGAAAUUGGAACAACGUUUGAUCGAGAGCGAGCAAGAGUAUCACGAACUAGAACAAAAAUCGUACAAUACUGAGAAUGAUAGAGAGAAGAGAUCUUUGCUUGCUGAAUUGGAUGAUAGGGAAGAGAGGAUCAUUCAUCUUGAAAGAAAAGUUGAAGAAUUAAUUGGCGAGCUUGAAAAUUUAAGAAAACAACAUUCAUUAGAUGACGACGAUAAUCUUAAUAUUAUGCAUAUUCAUGAAAAAUCUACGUCAUCAACUACAUCAGACACAAGCCUAUUUUCAUCAAACGAUAACAGUAAUGAAGAGAAAGAGAGAUUGAAUAUGAUAUUAUUGGAAGGGAAAUUAUCAAAAUUACAAAAGGUUCAUGAUAAUACAUGUAAAGAAUUCGACGAUUUGAAAGCAAAAUACCAAUCUUGUUUACAAGAAAUGCAAGAAUUAGAAAUUCAAAUUUUGGAUGCUAAGUCAAUUCAUGACGACAAAUCAACUACACCUACAACUCCGACCACACCUGAUAGCUCAUUAUUCAAUAACAAACAACCUUUAAUUAACAAUUUGUUUAAUAAUUCGAAAAAAUCACAAAAUCAAAACGCUCAUCGUAAAUCAAGAACUUUAUCAACCGAACUGAAAUCCAAUGAAAGACGUGAUUUAGCUCACAUAUCAAUUGUACAGAAAUUACAGGAUGACUUGAAGCAAUUGUCAUCACUGCACGAGGAUAAAACCCAAGGUCUGGAUGCUGUCAAAUCAGAAUUUGCAAGAUUGGAGAUUGAGUAUCGCGAAAAACUAGAAAUUGUUGAAGAGUUACGAGAAGAGAUUAAAAGACGUGAUGCGUUGGCUCAGUUGGAAGAAAUUGAAAUUGAUCAUUUGGACAUUGUUCAACGACUUAAGGAAGAAAUUGAACAACUUAAAGAAGAACAAAGAACCACAAUGGAAAUUAUGUCUCAGCGUGAAAAGGCCAAUAAUGAUAGUGGCAAUGGCAAUGAGGAUGAAUUUUCUCAAGUUCAGCGACAAAAAGAAAUUGAUGAUACAAAAUUAAAAUUGGAAGGAAAUGGUUCAUCUUCAACUAAUGCUGCCAACAAUGGUAAGGAAACAGACCAAGAAAUUAUUACAUUAAGACAACAAGUUGAAAAACUUCAAAUGGAAAUAGAAGCAAAAAAACAAAAUAUUGAUGAAAAUGUUAAAGAAUUAGAAGAGAAAGUUAAGGAUCUUGAAGUGCAAUUAACGAAUGCAAAAGAAGCUCAACAUAUUCCAACUCCAAGAUCUUCCACCUCCGCCUCCUCUUCAGCAUCAACUUUAUAUUCAACUGAUUCAACACAAAAAAUAAUCAAAAAUAUUAAGACUGAAUUGGAAUUAGUUUCAUCGAUGCAACAACAACUAGAAAUUUUAAGGGUUGAUGUUAAAUGUAAAUAUGAAAUAAUUGAAAGCACUAAAAGAGAAUUGAUUGAUAAAGGAAUAUUACAACAAAAAUUACGUGGAAAAGAAGCUGAAGCCAAGUCCUUGCAACAUCAAUUAAGCGGUUUUAAAAAUAACGAGAAUGAAAUGAAACAACAAAUUUUACAACUUCAAGAAAAAUUAAAAUCUUUCAAAUCAUCAUCAAAUAAUAAUAAUGAAGUUAAUGAGUCAUUAGAAAAUGAAAUAAACGAUGUUAAAAAAGAAAUGAUUAAAGCUAAAGAUAAUGAAAAUUUUACUAUUGAAAGAUUAAAAGUUUUGGCACUCGAAGAAACUAAACUUCAAUCAGAAUUGGAUCGAUUGAAAAAGAUCGAGAUUGCUCAAUGUGAAAGAAUCAAAGUUCUUGAAUCAAGUUUAUCAUCAUCGCAAGAACAAAAUAAGAAUCUUUCUGUUGUUGAAAAAGAUUUCACAAAAUUAAAAGAUGAAUUAUCGUUAGUCAAAGAAAAUGAAAUUGAACAUAAAAAAAUAAUAGAGAAACUUGAAUCCAAAUUAAAAGAUUCCGAAUCUGAAAUAAGAGUGUUGCAAGUUCAACUUGACGAAUUAAGGAAAGAAUCAGAUGAAAGAAUAAAAACUAUUAAGAGUAGCGAAUUGAAAUUGAGAGAAGAGGAAGCAGCAAAACAAUUAAUCAAAGAAACAGAUAAUGAUAAUGAAAUUAAAAAAUUAAAGGAGGAAAUCGAGUUGCUCAACAAACAAGAGAUUGAUCAAUCUGAAAAAAUCAAAUCCCUAGAAUCACAAUUAAAACUUGCCCAAGAAAAUCCGGAAAUUGCUAAUUUGAAAAGCGAACUUGUUAAUCAUGAAGCCAACGAGUCACUGCUAAAAGAUACUAUUCAAGACUUGGAAACUAAGCUUUCUGAAGCUCAACAAGAUUCUAAAAAAUUAUCAAGUAUUCAAAGUGAACUUAAAUUGUUGAGUGAAUUAGAUGCUGAACAAAAGUCCUCUAUUUCACAAUUACAAGAUCAACUUGUCAACAUUCAAAAUGAAAAAGAUUCUGUUGUCAAAGAGAUGGAGUCGAUGAAACAAGAUUUCGAAGCACAAAAAAAUCUUGUCUUCACUCUUGAAAAAGAUCUGAACUUGACUAAAACCGAAUUAACAAAAGCUAAAGAAGAUAAUCAAUCAAGUUCUAAGAAACACGAGGAUUUGUCGGCAUUGUUAAGUCAGACAGUUGAAGAACGUGAUCAAUUGGAUAAAAAAACCAAGGAUUUAAUAAUUGAAAUUGAAGGUUUGAAAGAGAUGAAUAUAACUGACGAUAAAGAAAUUUCAAGGCUUAAUUCUGAAUUAUCAGAAGCCAAAGAUGAAAUGAUUCGACAAAAUGAGCUUUUAUCAGAAUUGAAUUCAAAACUUACUAAUGUUGAAAAAGAACAAUCGAAUAUUUCUAAUCUUAAAUCUCAACUUGAGGAAGCUAAAAAUAGCUCGGUAUUAGACCAAGAAACCAUUAGUAAGCUUAAUGAGAAACUUGAUUUACUUCAGUCACAACUUGACGAAUCGAAAGAAUUAGACAAAAAACGUUCACAAAAAAUCAAAGAACUUGAAGAUAGAAUUCAAGAAACUAACAUCAAAGUUCAAGAGAAAGAUAAUGCAAUUAACAAUAAUGUCGAGUUGAUUAUGGGAUUAGAAGAAAAUUUAAAGAAACUUAAAUCGCAACUUGAAAAUGCAGAAAAAUUCAAGUCUGCUGAAGCUCAAGAACUUGAAUCCAAGAUUUUGGAGUUAGAAGAACAAAUAAAGAAUAAUCCUACGCGUGAAGAUCUUGAAGCCGUCAAAGAAUCAUACGAUAAACAGGUUGAACUUACUAAACAACUAGAAUCGAAAUUGGCUGCUGCUGACAUUGAGAAUAGUAAAAGUAUUUUACAGUUGACAAAUGAGUUGGUCUUGGCAAAAGAGACUGAGGAAUCAUUAAGGAAAUCGGUUAAAGAAGUUGAAGAUGACUUGAAAAUAAAAGAAAAUGAUUUGGAUAGUUUAAAUAAUAAUCUUAAAAAAUUAAAGGAAGAACUUAAACAAAUGCAGUCCAACGAAUCUCAACAGGUUGAACUUAUCUCAAGUUUAGAAGUACAACUCGAACAAACUAAAAAUCAACGCGACAAAGAAAUUGAUAAAUUCACUGAAGCAAAUAUUGAGAUAGAACAACUUAAAGAGAAAUGUGCAGAUUUACAAAACGAAAUUGAUGAAAUACAAAAGGAAGCAAUGUUACAAAGUCAUCAAAGCGUCGAUAGUGGCCUAUACGAAGAACUUAAUCAACAACUUAAGAAAUCUCAAGAAGAAAAUCAAAUUCAUAUUGAACAUAGCCAACAAUUAGAAAAUUCCAUUCAGAAACUUGAAUCUGAAAAGUCGAUAUUGGACCAAAAUAAUAUGGCAUUGGAACAAAAUGUUAUACAACUUGAAAAAGAACUUGAAUCGUUGGCUGAUGAAUAUUCAGAAGCUGAUUUGAAAUACAAAGAAACUGAAAGCAAUUUAUCAAAACAAAAAACAAGAAUAGCAGAAUUGGAAAUGGAAAUUGAUGCAAACAAAAAACAACACACGAAUAGCUCAACCACACUUUCACAAUUAGCAUCUGCAAGUGAAACUUUACGCAAGACCAAUAAUGAUUUAAAUAAAAAGUUGGUGGAUACAGAAGAAAAUGUUUCCAAAUUGAAUCAAAAAGUUAAAUCAUUAGAACAAGAACUUGCGCAUUACAAAACAAUUAAUGAUGAUAUUAAUACAAGUAAAGAGUUUGCUCAAGAAUUGAAAGAUAAGAUCAAAAAUCUUGAGCACGAGAGGGACGGAUUAGGAGAAGCCAAUAAAGCAUUUGUCGAGGAAAAGAAAAAACUUGAUGACAAGAUUGAUUCAUUAUUACAACAGCUCCAAUCAUCUGGUCGUGAUGGUAAUAAAACUGCUGCUCAACUUGCAGAAUUAAACAAGAAAAUAAUUUCGUUGGAAAAAGAAAUCUCAAUUACCAAAGAACAAUCCAAAAAAGAUUCGGAAGAAAUGGAGAAAGAAAUAAUAAGGCUUUUGGAAGUUAAUAAGAAAUUAGAAUCAGGAAACGAACAAGAAUAUAGUCCUAAAUUACCGCAGCAGCAACAACAACGACAAAAAGUAAGAUCUAGUAGUGAUUCUGGAGAUUCAUAUGAUUCUGGAUUUUCAUCAUUAUCACCACAAGCUAGUAAUCCACGCCUUAACAAAAAUGUGAAAGCUAUGAAACAUGAAACUACCAUUGCAGAACAACUUGUAAUAAUAAAAACUUUACAAGAUAGAAUUGCAGAGUUGGAGAAACAACAAUUAGAAGAAAUACAUAAACCUACCACGCCAGCUGAUCUUGAUGCAGUUGGUGGAUUCCGUCUUGUUAGAACAGAUUCAAAUUCAUCAACUGAAUUGAUGAAGAAUGCUAUUAAAAAUAAUCUCAGUGCCACAUCUGCAGCAUAUAUGGAUGCUCCACUUACACCACCACCAAAUCUUCCACUACCUCCUGUACCUUCCUCGCCAUCAUCGUCAAUAUCAUCUUUGGCAUCCAAUUCUGUUUCUUUGCCAAUGACACCACCAUUAAGUCCACCACCAAAAAGCCCAUUACCACCUAUACCAGAUUCUGAAGUAAAUACCACACCAAUACAAGAUUUAACAUCAGAAGUUCAAAAACUUAACAAGAAACUUGGUAAGCUUGAAAAUGAAAAUUCACAAAGUCAACAACUUAUUGAAACGUUAGAAGGAGCUCUAAACAGCAAUGAAGGCGAAUUAAAAAUUGCAAAACAACAAUUACAAAUUCUUCAAAAAGAAAAGGCCAAUCUUCGUCAACAAGUUAAAGCAUUGAAUGAUCGAUUGGAAGAGGUUAAUGCACAAUUUGAACAUGCUCAAUCGUCAGUGCAAGAAGAAAAGAAAGUCAUUGAGUCCAUUGAGUCUGUAUUGAAUCAAGAAAGAAAAGCAAAAGAAGAAGCUGAAAAAGCUAGAAGACAGCUUGAAAAUCGUAUGGAAGAACUUAUACAAAAGAAAAACAAGUUCAUGUGCUUCUAA